AACUGGCAAAAAUAUUCUCUGAUUCCACCGACCGGUCACCUUAGAGGAAGUAAAAAGAAAGAACAAAUCUGCCAAAAUAGCGGAAAAAAAGGGGAAUACUUCACAUGCACUAUCUCAAAGCGAAAAGAAAAAAAAAAAAAAAACAAAAAAGCAUUUGUUUUUUAAAAAAUAUCAUACCCUUUGCAUGCACAAAAAUGAGUCGAGUUAACUUUUUUGCCCUGCCCCUCCUCUGCUUCUUGCUGCACGGAUUAGCAGCCCUUGCCAAAAUUGCUAUAGAAAACCCCCCCUUUGUGUUUAGCAACUCGGGCGAAGACAAGCUGAAAAAAAGCUUUCUUAACGUCGAUACCCCAUGGGACAACGAUGAUGUGCUGUACAAGCCGCCAUACUCACUUUAUGUAACUCUGGAAAAUUUCCCGAACCCCUUUAUCCACCCCUCCCUGUGUAAUCGAAAUGGAUUAAACUAUUCCUACCUGUGCGACCCGAACAAAAUCCUGUCUCGGGGCACGGCGGACAAGCUCGAAGAAAUUUUGAGCUACCAAAGACGCAAUUCAAGCCAUUACUGCGCAGACAGAGGAGAAGUCCCUUACGUAUUAGGCGUAGCGCUGAUUGAGCGCCUGCCUUAUGGAGUGAGCGCCGAGACUUUAUCUUCCCAAAUACUGGAACAUUGGAAAUUGGGAAACCGAAAUUGCAACGAUGGAAUUUUGCUCCUCUUUGUGAAGGAAGACGCGACUUUUGUGUUGAAGUGGAGCAAAGGUGAUUAG